AUGUCUCGUCGAUUCCUUCGUACAAGACGGCAGCGGUUCUUUGUGUCUAAGACCCAUUCGAUUUUCUCUAAUCGAAAUGCAUCGAAUCGAACGCCUGGGUUGCCUCUAAAUCCUCUGAUGCAGGAGUUGAGUCAGAGAAGCGAGGAGCGUCGUGUCCCAAUCCCGUCUAUCGAGGAGCCUCUUGAUGAGCCUUCCGAUUUGAAUCUCGCAUUGGACACAGACAGCGUCGCCUCAGUGGAAUCUGAAGUGAGAGAAUUGAAGACUGCAAACGACAUUGUCGAAGAUGUGAUGGACAAUAUCCCCCGAGUAACAGACACGUCGACGACUAUCAGCGCUGAAGACGAGAUUGCUCAUGACGAGGCGAUAUGUUUCAUUCAAGCGCAGAUUGCAGAGCAGCUCCAGCACCCCGAAGCGGACAGUUAUUCCAAUGAUAAUAGCACAGCUACCUUGAUGCUACCACGGACAAGGUCUCCAUCAAUAGCACAACCACCGCGCGAGUACGAAGAGGUGGCCCAGUACUAA